AUGGGGAAUGGUAUCGUUAAAGAUGCCAGCUACCCUUAUGAGGCUAAGCUUGGAUCGUGCAAGACAUCAAUCACCACUGAUGCGAAGCAGCAGUGUCUGAAACCUGGGCAAUUCCGUCAAGCAGUGAACAUACCGCCAGCUGAUGAAGAAGCUAUGAUAAAGAAUGUGGCAAUCGGGCCCGUGGUGGCCAGAAUGUCUGCUUUGGCUCCCGGAUUCAGACAUUACAGCGGAGGCAUCAUAACGGCCAAGGACUGUAAAGCGUUGGAUCCAAACCAUGACGUGAUCAUCGUUGGGUAUGGCACUUCAAAAGAACCCGAAAUACCAUAUUGGAAAAUCAUGAACACCUGGGGGGAGUCUUGGGGAGUGGGAGGCUUCGGCUUUAUCGAGCGAACCGGGAACAAACCAGGUCCGUGCAAUAUCCUUUCCAGUCGUGAGAUGAGCCCCGUUAUGCCCGACUGGGUGAAAAGCUCUGUCUGUGCUCGAGGACAUUGA